ACAAAUGAGAGAAAAUGAACAAGAUUUGAGGUAUGAAAGAAAAUCAUAAUGAAUUAGAGAUAUGAAUGAACGAAGUGUUAUGAAUGAGUCCAUAACAUAGUUAUAACACAUAUUCAGGUGUAUUCGGUGUGGAUGCUGAAAAUACCAAAACCGCACUAAACUCAUUAUCUUCUUUGUUGGGUUCGAAGAAAAAAAAAACAACCAAAAAUAAUAUCAAUCGAUUUUUUCCUCACAAAACAAAUUUGAUUUUGAUUGGAUAUGUACGGUGAUGAGUUAUUUUGUCAUCCUGCUUUGUGUAGGGUAAAUUUCCUGCUUUUUUAGUCCUUUUAUGGUAUAUACACGAAGAAGAAGAAGAAGAAAAAAGAAACAGAAGAGCCACCACUUUCAGAAGGAAAUUUUUUCCUCACAAAACAAAUUUGAUUUCGAUUGGAUAUGUACGGUGAUGAGUUAUUUUGUCAUCCUGCUUUGUGUAGGGUAAAUUUUCUGCUUUUUUAGUCCUUUUAUGGUAUAUACACGAAGAAGAAGAAAAAAAAAAAGAAGAGCCACCACUUUCAAAAGGAAAUUUUUUCCUCACAAAACAAAUUUGAUUUCGAUUGGAUAUGUACGGUGAUGAGUUAUUUUGUCAUCCUGCUUUGUGUAGGGUAAAUUUCCUACUUUUUUUAGUCCUUUUAUGGUAUAUACACGAAGAAGAAGGAAAAAAAAAACAGAAGAGCCACCACUUUCAGAAGGAAAUGAAAUUGUCCAUUUGAUAACAUAAAAUAAUUGGAAAUAUAUGGCAAAAAUGAACUUUUUUUUUAAAAAAGGAACAAAAAGCAUAUUAGAGGGUUUAAGAAAGCAUUAUCUCCACAACUUUUUAACUUCAAGUUGAAUUUCAUCCCUAUCACUUUCCGCGCUAAAUAAAUUAUUUUAAACAAUAGAAUCAAUUCACAUUAUACAUUCAUGCAUUGCUGAUUGCCCAUUCCAUUGAAUCGAAUACCUUCUAUGGAUUUUAUUAUCAUGCGAAAAAAAACUGGAAUCAUUGGAAAGGAAAUUACAGCUUGCUCUUAUAGUUUUUGGAAAAUGGAACUUGGUAUGCUAAUUAUUUGACAUACAUGGACAUCCUAGAAUUUAUAUAUAUAUAUAAAGAUAUAUCCUAUAAUUUUUUUUAAGGAUAUAUCCUAGAAUUUUCACAUAUACAUAUUUGGUGAAUUUAAAUACCAUAUUUGUUUUUAGUAUACAUGCAAAGUAUAUGGUAUACGCCAUUAACGAUUUUGAUAUACAUGCAUAUCCUAUAAUCUUCCGUUUGCAUAUAUAAAUAGAGAGCUUAAGACUCUGUACAUUCAAAGUGACAAUUUAGGUGACUAGUGAUAUUAAACACAUUUUUCGUUCUUAAAUACUUAUCAUGAGGAGCUCCAACAUCUUCCUUCUCUUCUUAUUGACAUUUCUCAUCGUCGACGGUGGUAAAUAUUGUGAUAAUAUUUUUCUUUUACAUCUUUUUGGUGUUGAUUUAAUGAUGAAUCAAUAAUGCAGGACAUGGAGUGGCAAUGGCGACUAGUAACAUUGAAGGCAGUGGAUUUUGUCAGAUAGGAACGGCACAAGCAGUCCCUGUUUGCAGCCCAGAAACGUGCAACGUCGCCUGCAAGUUGAAAUAUGGGAAUGGGGAAACAACCGUAGGUUUCUGUGGAAGUGACCAAACGUGUAACUGUUUUAGGUCAUGUUAAGAAAUGUGGGGGUUUCGUGAGUGGGUUGGGUGGUUUUCGAGAUAAAAUUCUACGCUUUUAUAAUUUUGUUGGCGAUGAAAAAUGAUUUGCACCUAUAUGUUGGUAAAAUUAUGGGUGGAUUGCGCGGAUAACAGUAAACCGUGUCUGGAUUGGUUUGCAAGUUAACUAUUAUUAAUUUGGAUGUGUUGUUACAUCAUCCAACUACAAUUGAUUCAGUAAACACAUUGGAAGAGGACUAUCCAGUAGAGGUGGGCAUUCGGUUCGGUUUCGACCGAACCGAAAUUAUGAAUACCGGGUCCCCGAAUUCUCCCAAACCUCAAACCGAAUUCGAACCAAAUUAUAAUUCGGUUCGGUCAGUUUAAACCGAACUAUAAUUCGGUUCGGUUUUCACACAAAACCGAAUUUGUGAAGCUACUUGUAUUUUCUCACUUUUAAAUUAUUUUUCACCCCUAAUAUAAACAAUAAAUAUCAAUUAUAUGCAUCAUCAAUGAUAAAACCAAACUUUUCAACACAUAAGUCAUAAAACAUUUCAAAUAUUUAAGUCUAAAAACAACUACAGACAUAAAAAUCCACCAUUUGGAGCUUGCAAUUAUAGUAUUUCGGUUUUUCGGUCGGAAAUUCGGUUCGGUUGAAAGAACCCUGAUUUCCGAACUAUCCAUAUUUUCCUUCCGAACCGAAUAGCAUUAAUUCGGUUUCGGUUCGAUUUAAUUCAGUUUCGGUUCGGUUCAGGUUUACCGAACCUUUUGCCCACCCCUACUAUCGAGCAAUAUAACACUCCCGUUUCCACCUUGUCUUCGUAUGAGUCAUAAUAUGAGCAACUUCAUUUUCAUUUCUCUUAACAUGAUUCCGCGUUUGAUAAGUAAUUCCCAUCUGAGUGUGCACCGGUUCUCCGUCGACUGCAAUUUCUGAAAGAACAUUGUUCUCUUAACAUUAUUACGUACGAAAUAAUAACGAUCGAUGGUUUCAUCAAGGAUCAGAGUAUAAUAGUAUCAUGUCUCAUAAUGUAAUUAAUAUGAGAUCUAAAUAUCAAUUUUCAUACAAAAAGGUAUGUCAUACCCUAGAUUUACCCGAGUUACUACGAAACACCUAAUUGUCAUUUCUUCAUUGAGUGCUUAUUUGUGUUUGGUAAGACAUUUUCUUUCCGGGUGUCUAUAUACACAAACGAUAUCCGCUAGAAUAGAUCAUCCAAUAAUAGCAAAGACUAUAAAAAAAACGGGGAUUAAACACGACACUUUCAAAGAACAAAAUAUAUAUCCAAAGUUCAAGGGCUUUCAUAACGUACUUUCCACCUUCCAUGGCGGAAGGAUUAAUAUAUAAAAUUCGUUCCAACACUUCUAAUUAACAUACAGAUUAUAAAUCAUCAAAUCAAAACACAAUACUACACAAACAAUGAACGCCGCCGCCGUCACCGCCGCAGCACUACUACUCUCAACAAUCCUAACAACAACAGCCACCGGGCAAGCCGAUGACGUGGCGCAGCCGGAGUGGAGCCUGUGGCCGUACAAGCACGUCCACAUCAGCAACGAGCUGGGGUCCAGCGUGGUGAUGACGGUGCAUUGCAGGGGCAAGAGGUUCCUGAUGAAGACCAAGGACCUCGGGGUCCAGUACGUGGGAGACGGAGGGGAGUACACGUGGCGGUUCAGGCCGGGCUUCUUCGGAGUCACCAAGUACCCUUGCCACGUCACUGCCGUCCACGGCAGCCAGUCGGUCCACGUCGACUUCGUGUCUUACUCGUCGAGGAAUCGGCACUCGUUCGUCGAGCACAAGAACAACGUGUACUGGGCCGUUAAGCGUACCGGCGUGUACGCGAGGGACGUGACCAAGGGGGCGAGUGGGGAUGUGUUGAAGUACGUUUGGGUUCAUGACUCAUGAGAAUUGGUUUUCGAAACAUAGUAUCGUCUAUCCCUGUAGUAUAUAUGAAUUUGUUAGUUUCAAUUCUCAAAGACGACAUAAUGGGCAUUACGUUCGGUCGCGCACUAGGUUGUAACUUUUCUUCUUCCCCUGGUAACCCCCAUUUUCUUGGUUGUAGAGCCUUCCCCAUCAAUUAAAAAAAAUAUAUGAAGCAAAUGUUCGUUUUCGAGUCGUAUGGAAUUUAUCUUGGUUUAUAUUUAACCCGGAAUAACUCAUUUGGCAAAAAAAAAAAAAAACAAGUAAGGGGGCCCACGACAAUCGAAAUGAUGCACAAUGAAUCAGUUAAAAUACCUCCUCUCCGGCUAGAUAUUUCUUUUAACCAAGGUUGUCAACCCACGGGUCGACCCACUUUGAUCCUGAGCCGGUGAGAAAAAUGGGCCGCACGCACCCGCCGGGUAGACCGCUACAAGGUACCGGGUUGAAGGUCAAAUUGUGUCAUUUUUUCUUUGGUUUGCGAAUUGCGCCUAUUUUCCGAUUUUUCUUUUCGCCUGACUCAAUCUUUGGAAUCCUAAGUUGAACAUUUGGAUAUAUAUGUUAUAUAUAAUUGUGUGUGAAUUUUAACUCUAUGUUGGAUCUAAGUACGACAUGUUAUUUUGGUGGAAUAUUAUAUGUUAUAACUCAUAUGUUAGAUGAUGUUUGAUAUAAUUUAUCAGGAUAAGUACAAUAUAAUGACUCUUUCCAUAUUUCCAGACUAAAACGGGUGACCCAUUAACCCUUGACUCACUAGCUCGACCGGGUCCGGAUACGCCCGCGGAUUGAUAACCUAGUUUUAAUUCACUCCUCCGUUCUUUAAGUGGCGAAAUAACACAACAUGUGAAUGUUCUAUCAUAUAACAAAACCACUAGACUAUUCAUGCAGUACUUUGAUUCAAAAUACCAAAUAACCAAAAUGAUCCCGCAUCCAAUAGUGAUGGCAAUGGAGUGGGGCGGGUACCUCAAUACCCAUGCCCCGACCCACGCUACUACGGGUCGGGUAAAACUCACGCGGGUACGAGGUUGGGCGGGUCGACCUACUCUUACAUAUUAUUUGAAAAAAAAAUAUACGUAAAUUUUACUUUUUACGAUAAAAUAAAGAGGAAAACACUUUAUGAAUGAAAAUAGUUAUAACAUAACGGGUAAUUGAGUUUAACAAGUUGAAAGAUCGACUCUAAAUAGUUGAAGAAAGUAAAAAUAGGAGAAAUAGGGUAAAUGCCACAUUUGGUCACUUAGAUGACUAAAUCAUGUCAUGUUUAGUCACUAGAAAAAAUUAAUAUAAAUUUUGGUAACUCGAAUUACUGAAACAUGCCACAUUUAGUCACUCUCCUGUUAGUUUCCGUCUAACUCCAUUAAUGGAGUUGGACAGAGGCUAAUGGAGAGUGACUAAAUGCGACAUGUUUCAGUAAUUUGAGUGUCAUUCAGAAAAAAGAGCAAUUCGAGUGACUGGAGUUGGACGGAGGCUAACAGAAGACUGACUACUAAAUGCGAACUGUUUUAGUAAUUCGAACGACCAAAAUUGAUAUUAAUUUUUCUAGUGACUAUACAUAACACGAUUUAGUAAUCCCAGUGACCAAAUGUGCCAUUUACCCGGAGAAAUAUGUAUAGAGAUUGUAAGAAAUUGAGAUAGAAUUGACAAAAAAUGGAGCGAGGCAGGAUAGGGCAGGUCGGAAGUAGAUACUCAUGCCCCGCCCCAUGCUACUGCGAGUCGGGUAAUACCCGCCAGGUCAUACCGGAUAAUACCUGGGACGGGUUGAAAUUGUCACAUCCAAACCAGUUUAUUUAUUUGCAAUGAAGGUGUCAUGGGGCUCGUCGUAUAUGUAACAAACUAGCGUGGGCCCCGACCAUUUGGCCGGAAGAAGGUGAGGUAUGAAAUUUGAUAAUAUAAUGGGGUGUAUAAC